GACAUGAUCAUAAUUAUCUUUCAAGUCUCAUCCUUACUUCAUCAUUGCGUUUUAUAUACCACAGGCGUUACAGUUCAACAUGGUCGAAAACAUUCUCCGUGGUCUAAGUAAGGAUUCUGCCACCGCCUUUAGAUCAUGCCUAAUUGGGCUGUACUGUGUAAGCCCUACUAUGAGUCAAUGUGUCCAGAUAAAAUCGAUACUCUCGUAGUCUUUCUUUACUGUCUUGUCGAAACGUCCGUCUACAUAGUCUCUGAUGUUGAUCUGAGGCACUGAUGGUGGAAAGCCUCCACAGCAUCAGCACCUUUCGCAGAUAUGACCAUUUCACAACAGCCACCUUGGGCGCAACCCGCUCAGAAACCUGGCACGACACUUCCACCCCUGAAAGUGUACAAUUCAUUGACACGGUCCAAGACACCUUUUGUUCCUCUCGACCCUCAAGGCCGCAAAGUGAAAUGGUAUGCUUGCGGCCCGACGGUCUAUGAUGACGCCCAUCUAGGACACGCCAGAAACUACGUUAGCACGGAUAUACUUCGUCGUAUACUCAAGGAUUACUUCAAGUUCGAUGUCAAAUUUGUGAUGAAUAUCACCGAUAUUGAUGAUAAAAUCAUCCUUCGAGCGAGACAACGGCACCUCUUUGCACUUUAUCUGCAAGAAAACCAGACAGUUACUCCUAAAGUCCUCUCGACUGCGCAGUUAGCAUACAGAUCGUACAUAAAAUCGAACCUACCGUUGAUAGACCCAAACACACCGCUCGAGGACUUUGUUUCAGCAGCUGAGGAGGCAUAUGGCGUGGUUAUUCAAGGCGGGGCAUUGGAUCCCGGAAAGACACCUGGUGAUGAGGAGGUCAAAAUCAAGAUGCAUAUCAGGACUGUUACUGCUUCUGCUGCCAUGAUAUCACGAAUGGCAAAGAAGAAGGAUGCGGAUCUCGCGAAACGCGAAUCCAACUCCGACAAUGAAGAGAUCACCAAUGAAAUGUUCUACUCUGCCACCGAAGACAUCUUCCUCCCUUACCUUGAUGAACUCAACGGUGCCAGUAUUCCCGGUGAUGCGCAUUCUAUAUUUACAAAGUUAACCAAAAAGUACGAAGCUCGCUUUAUGCAAGACAUGCGUGAUCUGAACGUGCUCGACCCAGAUGAGAUCACUCGAGUUUCUGAGUACGGACGUGAAAUUCUGAAUUUCGUGGACAGGAUUGUCAAAAAUAACAUGGGAUAUGUCACUUCAGAUGGCUCUGUUUAUUUUGAUAUCAACUCAUUCGAAGCAAAGGGGCACCAUUAUGCAAAACUGGAACCAUGGAGUCGAGGGAAUCAGCGUCUUCAAACGAGUGGCGACGGGUCUUUAUCUAAGGCUGUGGAGAAGAGAUCGCCUGAUGACUUCGCUCUUUGGAAAGCAUCCCAACCUGGAGAACCUAGCUGGGUGAGCCCAUGGGGUGAGGGACGACCUGGCUGGCACAUUGAAUGCUCAGCAAUGGCAUCGAGUCGACUGGGCGACCAGCUUGAUAUCCACUCUGGUGGAAUUGAUUUGGCAUUUCCACAUCACGACAAUGAGCUUGCGCAGAGUGAAGCUUAUUGGACAGAUCAUCACAAACAAUGGGUAAAUUACUUCCUUCACAUGGGACAUCUUUCCAUUCAAGGUGCGAAGAUGUCUAAAUCUCUCAAAAAUUUCACCACUAUCAGAGAGGCUCUUCGGAGAGGUGACUGGACAGCAAGAAGCCUGCGAAUUUUAUUUCUUCUAGGCGGUUGGAAAAGUGGCAUUGAAAUUACCGAAGGGCUUAUAAGAACUGCAUUAGCGUGGGAGGAGAAGCUCAGCAAUUUCUUUCUCAAAGUUAAAGACCUACUAGCUGGGUGGGAUAAGUCCGCUUUGCAGCAGACAAUUUCCACUGGAACUGGUCUUAUUAGCGAACUACUAAAGACCGCACAGCAGAAGGUGAAUGACCACCUCUGUGAUUCUUUCGAUACACCUGGUGCUAUGGGCGUCAUAUCAGAACUAGUUUCUUCAUUCAAUACUGCCGAAGAGUCGAGCCUGGUCCUUGAAGAGGUCCAUGAACUCGCGCGAUGGAUUACGUCGAUUGUGAACAUCUUCGGGCUAAAUGGCACAGCGCCUCCGGAUUCUCCUGAGAUUGGUUGGGAGGGUAUUGACAUACCUGAGAUAUCUAAACGAUUUAUAUACCCACUCUCAGCGACUCGUGAUCGUUUGCGUGGAUUGGCUAAGUCAGGAAUUCAAAUCAAGUCCGACGAACUCAAAAGCGUUAUCAAUGCCACCACCCGAGACAUGGAUGAGGACAUUUCCGAGACAGCUCGACCCUACGCACGUGCACUUAGUGACUUCCACAGAAAGGUCCUUUCUUUGAAGCCUGAAGAGUCCUCGAAUAUUUCCAAAGAAAUAUUGGAUAUCUGCGAUUAUGUUCGUGAUGUCGAUCUGUUUAACCUCGGCAUAUACCUCGAGGACCGAGAUGAUAAACCCGCACUGAUCCGACCAGUUACAAAGGAACUUCUCUCAGAGCGUCAAGAACAGGAACAAAAAGCUUUACAGAAACAAAUAGAGAAGGAGAAGCGUGAAAAACUAGCACAAGAAAAGCUCGAGAAGGGAAAGCUCAGCCAUUUAGAAAUGUUCCGGACCGAGGAAUUCAGCGCUUGGGAUGAGGAUGGUCUUCCCACCAGAGAUUCUGCUGGUGAGCCUAUCAAUAAAAGCAAGAGCAAGAAACUCCGGAAGGACUGGGAACGCCAGAAGAAAGCCCAUGAGACUUGGUUAGCAAGUCAGAAUCGUUAGCAUAUGCGGGACCCUGUAACGAUAAUGGAUCCCAGCGAAGAAAUGGGCAGACUACUACUAAAUUGAUGUCUUAUCGAGUUACUGAUGAAAUAUUUCGGCUACUGCUUGAUUGGCUUUACUGUUAAAUAGCUUAUACAAUAAUCAGAAGAAGACGAUGAUAGGCUAGGACCCCUUUAUUGCUGAUUGUCUUAGCUAUAAGUAUUAGGCUUACCAUAGGAAAUAUGUA